AUGCUAGCUGCCAUGGCUGCCUUUGGCCUGAGCUUGGACAGCCCCCUCCUCCCUAACGUCGAUAGCUUCAUCAACCCUACAAAAGGCGAGGACGAGCAUCGGAGUGCUCUCAAUGCGGUGGUGCUCAACAUCCACAGGGCUGGCGCCGGAGCUUUCGAGGGGCUGGUGACUAACCAGCUGGGGGAGUAUCUCUCCAACCCCGACACUAAGGUUCGGGAGCGGGCGACGCUGCUGCUCGCCGAGCUGUUGGCGCGGCUGCCCACUCUGCCCCUGGCCGCCGCAUCCGCGGCGCGUUUCGCCGGCUUUUUCUCGUCGCGCCUCGGCGACUACCCUUCGGUGGUGCCGGCGCUGAAGGCACUGUCCGACCUGCUGAAGAACCACUCGCCGGCCCUGUUUGGCGGCGAGGAUGCCUCCGCCGCCGGGGGGGGGGUGGGCUCAUCUCGCCGUUCGGCGCCCGCCGUUGCCGUUGCCGCGGGGGGUGACGGGGGCACUGCCGGGGUAAUCGCCAGGGGCGUGUUCGAGGAGCUUCACUUGCCGGCUCUUUCCCAGAGCAUCCGACAGGCGGCCCUGUCCGUGUUGCUGGCGCUCGUGACGCACCCGGGUUUUACGGAGGCGUUGUCCUCGGGGAUGGGAAAGACCUUCGUCGACGGCCUGGUGGGGUCGCUCGAGGGCGAGAAGGACCCGAGGUGUUUGAUCGUCGGCCUGUCGGCACUCCGUAAGACCCAGCAGGGCUUCGACCCUGCGGUGUUGCAGGAGACCUCCGAGGCGGUGUUUGACGCGACGGCGUGCUACUUCCCCGUUACCUUCACGCCUCCGCCCAACGACCCCCACAACAUAAGCCCGGACGCGCUCCGAACAGGUCUGGAAGGCGUUCUCGUCGGAUCCCCGGGGAUGGCGCCGCACGUCCUGCCCAUGCUCCUGGACAAGCUUUCUUCCGAGGUUUCCACCGCCAAGGAGGCCUCCCUCAAGGCCAUGGUGGCCGGGGUGAGGGCCUUCGGAGCCCCGGGGGUGGGGGUGCAUCUCCGCGCGAUCGGGGGAGCCAUGUCUGAAGAGGCGGUGCACGGCUCCGACCCCGACCUGGCGGCGCUUGCGCUCUUGUCCCUGACGGAGGUGGUCCGAGAGACGGCGUCUCACGCGGUUUUCGCCGGUCUUGGGGAGGCGUGUCCGGAGUGGAGGGCCCUGGCGAACCCCCUGCUCGAAGGGGCCGUCGCGGAAGUGACGGGGGAUCAGCCGUGCUCGGUGCUGGGAAGGGGCUCCGCGAGGGUUUUGCUGGCCCUCGCAGCAUCGUCUGCCCUGGGCCUUCGUUCGGCGCUAGCGCUAGCAGUGCCCCGGCUGCUUCGUGCUCGCAAAGAAGCUGCUGCGGCGGCGGCGGCCAUGAAAAGGGACGUUUCUGCUCUCGAAGGGGGGUCGACUAGCGGCUGUUGUGGUGGCAGAGGCGGAGCGGCGGCAGGUGGAGGGGGCUGCUGCGGUGGCGGUGGAGGGGGGCACGAAGAUGCGAUGGUGACCUACGGGGGGGGGGCGGCUGUUGCCGACGCGGAGGCGUUCGAAGACGCGCAGACGGCGAGGUUGGGAGCGCUGGCGGGGCUUGCGGCCGCGGUGGAUGACAAGGUUGAUUUCUCCGGCAGCCAGGGCGGCGCUCCUCUCCAGCCGUACGUCGACCCCCUCCUGUCCGAGUUUUCCGCCGCUCUGACCGGCCACCGCGGCGGCGGCAGCGGCAGCGGCGGCGGCGGCGGUGAAGCAUUCUCACUCCCGCCGCAAGCAGCACCGGCGGCAGCACGGCUGCCAUCGGCUGCGGCGGCCGCCACCGUCUCCCUGGCCUCUCGAGGCCUAAGUGACGUCAUCACCCGCCCCCCGGCGUCGCUCGUGGAGGAGGGCAAGAUUCAAGACGUCGUGCGGAGCCUGGUGGCCGUAUUGGCUUCGCCGGGGGCUUGGGAAGGAGGAGGCGGUGAAGAGGAGGGGGGGUCGGGGGUCGGAGAGGGCACGGCCGCUUUGGCCGUGCUCACGGCGCUAAGGUCUAUCGGCCUCCGCCGGCCGGAGUACGCCCGUGCCGUCCUCGAUACCGCGGUGCCCCCGCUCCUCAAGCAGCUGCCGCACGCCCGCCCCCCCCCGCCCGCUGGCGAAAAGGGCGAGAGCACAUGUGCGAGCGAUCCCCCCUCAUCGCCGGCCGGAACGUCGGCGGCGGCGGCGGUGGCGGCAGAGGGGGAGCGUGCGUGCGCGGCUCUUGUGGAGCUGAGCGAGGUCCCCGGCGUCUUCGCGAUAGCCUUGUCCGCCCUCUUAGCCGCGUGCACCUCCCCAGCUGACCCCGGUUUGGCAGCAGCCUCCGAGCGGCCGUUUUUUCGUUGCACCCCCGGCGCCGAGAUCGCCCUCAGAGCGCUGGACGACCCCCUAAAGCGAGGCGCCAGGCGGGGGCACCACGGCGACGAGAUCCUUGCGUUUGUCCGUGGGGCUGCCCCUCCGCCCCUCCCCUGGCCUUCUUGCCCCCCCCCCGCUACCGCCGCCCCGCCUCCGGAGGCUGCGGACGGGGCGGUGGUGACCUCGGCUCCGCCAACGGCGGCGAAAGAGGAGAGGAAAUCUGAGGACAGCAGCGGCGGCGGCGGCGGCGCCGGUAGCGAUGGCCUUUGGGGCCUUCCGCUCCUGCUAGCCGCGCUGGACGCGUCGCUGUCGGGUCCGGAGGAGGGGGGCACUAGCAGCAGCGCUGAGACGGCUGGUGUGGCAGGAGGCAGCGGCGGCGGCGGCCGAUCAGCGGGGGCGGGGGCCUCAGCCUUGAGCCACGGCGCGCUGGCGGCGGUGGUCUCGACCGCGAGGACCUGCACACAGGCGGCGCCGGCCGACGACCAGGAGGCUCUCCUCUCCUCCCUACUUUCUAUCCUCCUGCCCUCUCCGUCUCCUGCGUCCGCCGCUGGCGUCGGUGGCGGCGGGGGGGCAGUCGCGGGGGCGAUAGAGAAGCACUCCGCUCUGCUGCCGGUGCUGGCGUCGGUGAUGGGAGCGGUGCGCCUGGACUCGAAGGCGCUGCGGGGGCCGGGAGGGGCGGCGGCCGCGGCGGUGCCGUCCCUUCUCUCCAGUGCCCUCGCCGAGGGAGCGGCCGGGUUGAUUGAAGAACCCCUCGCCGCUGGCGGCGGCGGCGGCGGCGGCGGCGGCGGCGGAGCCGCUAGUGCCCGCCGUGCCCCUUGCUGCCAGUGCCUCGCCGCCGUGCUCAACAAGCUCGCCGGCGGUGCGGAGUUCGACUCUGCGGUGUCUCUGGUGGUGACAGCCUUGACGGAAGCGUUUAUCGGCGAGGGGGAAGGGGCCAUGGAUGUGGACGGGGCGGCGGCGGCGGCUGGCGAGGGGCCGGUGCAAUGCCUGGCGUGGACCCUCAAGGCGGUGGCGAUGCGGGGGGGGAUCGGGGACGCGUUUUCGGAGCUGUUGGGUCUGCUCUGCGGCCUGCUUAUCGCAGGUCCAUCAAGAGCUGGAGACGACACCCCGAGCCCUCGCGCUUUGGCAGCCGCGGCUGCCUUCGGCGUGGCGCUGCGAGACGACGGAGAGGUCCUCCGGGCGGAUGUGGACAGUGGCGGCGGCGGCGGCGGCGGCGGGGCAAGGGUUUCUCCGUUAUGGAGGCAGCGUUUUUUCGUCCAGACGUUCCCGAAGCUGCUGCAGGCGGCACGGGGGCCGGCGAGGACACGCACCGCCGGCGAGGAGGAUAACGACUCCUCUUGCGACGAGGGCAUGGGGGAGCAGCAGGCAACAGCCACGGACGCCACCACCGUCGGCGGUAGCGGCGGCGGGGGGUCGGCGGGCUUGCGCGUGCCGGCGCUCCUGGCGCUGAUGCGCGUGGUGAGAGGCGUCCCGCUCGAGGCGCUCUCGCAGCAGCAGCAGCAGAGGGACACGGCGGUCUCAGCCGUGGUGCAGGCAUUGAGGUCGGACUACCAGCCGCUGCAGGCAGAGGCGCUGGAGACGUUUCAGGUCCUGUCGAGAGACGACUUGACCGCCUUCAACCAGCACCUGUCGUCCGUGAUACCGCUCCUCCUAUCGCUGGCGGAGGCGCGAACCGGAAGCAGAAGAAGAUCAACAGGGGGUCGAGUGAAUCAUUCCGAUGCACAGGGACCAGGCGUCGACGGCAGCUUGCGGGGAGGAAGAAACGGGCCGAUGGAGCGCUUCAGGGCCGUGCGGUGCCUCACGGCCUUGACAGCGCUGCCGUACUCUCGCCUACACCCCUUCAAGACUCAGGUUACGCGACGGUUGCGGAGCCCCUUGGACGACGACCGUCGGGCGAUACGGCAGGCGGCCGCCGAGGCUCGCAACAUCUGGUUCCUCCUAGGAUGAUACCUAGCCACCCUGUUUGUAAGCGCUUGCCCAGCUCCUUCUUUCCCUUGCCAACAGGCAGCCUGUUGUCAUGUGGUUGCGAAGCUCCUUCUUUCCCUUGCCAACAGGCAGCCUGUUGUCAUGUGGUGGCGAAGCUCCUUCUUUCCCUUGCCAACAGGCAGCCUGUUGUCAUGUGGUUGCGAAGCUCCUUCUUUCCCUUGCCAACAGGCAGCCUGUUGUCAUGUGGUUGCGAAGCUCCUUCUUUCCCUUGCCAACAGGCAGCCAGUUGUCAUGUGGUUGCGAAGCUCCUUCUUUCCCUUGCCAACAGGCAGCCUGUUGUCAUGUGGUUGCGAAGCUCCUUCUUUCCCUUCCCAACCCACUCUGUCUAGCAAAUAGAGGGUUUGAGAUGGCGCCGUUGGCGAGCUGCUAUCAAGCACGCCGCCGAUCUGUUUUCCGGCACACGGCCUGGGAGGUUGGUUGGUGGCCUUCGGGGUGCGUGCAGCGGAAUAUGCCGGGUGGUACGCACGGCUCGGUGGCCUUGGAUAUUAUAGCGACUCGCGGGUCUUGGGGGGCACAUCGCUUCUUCUGGCACCCAACAUUGUUGUAUUUGAAUCGUACGCCAUGUCGCUUCUUGUCCUGGCACGAAAAAGUGUACCGUUGUUUUGGAAUCGUUGGAACUCGGUGAUUCGUUUGCCCGGUCUACCCUUUAAAAGCGUGAUAAUGAUGUAGCGUGUUCCAUCUCUGGGACGGUGUGUCUGGAGCCAUGAAAGCUCCGCCGAUUCAAGUGUCGAAGAGAGAAGGGGACACUAACCCUUGACCCUCGCCAUGAGAAACGAGAGAAGCACGCCCGUUCGCCACAGAGCCGCAGGCCACCGUUGUCCGCAAG